CUUGACUAGUCACAGUCCACACAUUGACGUCCAGCUGCGAGCCUUUGUGCCUCAUUCAGUAUAUCUCAAAGUCGUUUGCUCAAUCCAGGAGCUACAUCUAAUCCAUCUAAUCUAAUGCUCGAGAAUUCGCGACAUGCCGCCACACCACAAACGCCUCAAAACCCAACCAGGCCACAAUAUCAUGGAGAUGCAACACCAACCCCCUCCCCACCGGCUUCUCCUUCAUUGAGUCUGUAUUCAAUGGGCAUGUCUCCGUCGUCGCCCCUGCGCCGCCAAGUCUCUGCGCCUCGCGUCAUGUCUUCCAUUUCUCCCCGCUCAGCUGCCGAUAACAGUGAAUAUCAAGACAGCACGCAGUAUAGCAAGGACGUACUCAUUCAAAGGCUCAAUGAUCUUACUGCCAGGAUAGCAGCAGAUGAUGACGGCGUGCAAGACGACAGGUUGGACUCGUUACAUGCGACUGUAGAUGAGAUGGAGAAAGUCCUGGGCCAAACGUCAAGCACAAAAUCGCUGAAACAUUGGCCUACCUCACCUUCCAUCAACAACCGCGUCAAUGGUCAUGGUCUGUCACUUGGGCCGCCAAACAUGUCCAAGACCCAAUCGUGCCUUUCUGGCAUUUCAACGGGGCACCGCAACCCGUCCGCCCAGAACUCAUUGAGCCCGCAACUUAAGGGGAAGGCAACAGAGCCAAAGAGUAAUCCAGUCUCCAGCACGUCGAGCCGGCGCAUGCAGCAAGUUUUAGGUGAAUCUCAAAAGCUAAACGAAGGACUAAAGACAGUUGUUUCCUGCUUGAAAGCGCGACAGGAGGAGCGGGACCAUAUCCACGACCUCUUGAUCACCAGGCUUGAGCGAGCAGCCCAGAGAAUCAUUUAUCUCGAGGGGCGGGUGAAUGAACUUGAGUGCGAACGUAACGAUGGCGAAAUGGAAAUCUUGAACCUUCAAAUCCAGCUCAAGGCGAUCGAGGUUCAAUGUCUCAAUUAUGUGCCCGAGGAUGCGGAUCCGGAACUGCUCAACAGCAUUGAGAGCUGGAAGGCCGACUGGUCUGCUCUGAAGCGCAAGAGAGCAAGGAGGCAAGACACCGAAAUGCUCAAUACGCCUACACCCAAAGCGACGCGAACACACAUCACAAGGAAUUUGCAUGAUGUAAGAAUGCACAUUUGGAACUGGGCGGAUCAGGGUACCCAAUCAAGCUGUUACACAAUACUGCGAUUGGAUGAGUCAAGCUCGACCUUUUGAAGUUUGGACAUAGCGACUAUGACACUGAGAAUUCGAAGACUGAUUAUAUGUGUAUGUCGAUUGCAAAGCAACGGGUGAGUUGAAA